GCCGUCGACAGUUUGAAUAAGCUUUAUUGUCAGUGGUCCUCGGUUUCAGGUCUAACAUGGGGGCACGCGUUGUGCGUAUGUUCCGAAAUUUCAACCUAGAAAACCGGGUAUUCCGUGAAAUCUCCAAGGAGAAGCCGCGGGCAGCUCCGCGACACGCGGUUAGUGUCCCGCCCUCCGCCGACGCCUCUAAAGCUGUGGAUUCGGUCAACCAGAAGAACCACCCUCUGCUGAACCACCUCAGGUCCGUGUAUGUGGAGUCGACAGAUCCAGCAGCAGCAGCGGCAGCAGAGACAUCACAGGAACUGGCACAGAGCAAGGAAGCAGAGCGCCGGCCGCUCAAGUUCAGUUUACCAGGGGACCCAUACGGCCUGGUGGAGCUCACCGACGUUCCUAAAGGCAAACUGACCAUCACUGAAGCUCUGAAGGCCCUCAGCAGCCACCAGCGUCAGCCUCAGACGUGGACGCCUGAAAAGAUCGCCCAGGAAUAUUCGCUUGACUUAAAAGACACAAAGGCUCUUCUGGAGUUCUUCAUUCCCUUCCAGGUUCAGAUCAUACCGCCCAAGACUGAAAAUGGCCAAGCAAAUAAAGGCUUCUUAGGACUGGAUUGUUGGUGAAUAAGAAACAAAAUAUAACCAGAUUUGUACCUCGGUAUAUUGGUAUUGGGAGAGUGACGUGAUUGGAAGCUGGGGGUUUGGACCAGGUCUAAGGUUUCUUGAUAUGUAGAUGGGAACAUGGGAGAUUUCCAAGGUUUAUUUAUUUAUAACUGUGAAAUAAAGUAGAAAAAUGAAAAUAAUAAAAUGAAGAAAUGACUAUGUUAAAAUAUAGCUUUGUUUCUUUAUAAAGCCUGGAGACUCCUGUAUGAUGAUUAAAACAGAACACAAAGUGAUUUGUGUGGAUGGACACACUGUUGAUGGCCAAGAAAUAGUUCCAACACAUAACAUCUCUUUCCCUCAUUUCAGCUAACUACACUCAUUGAUUCAAAGUAACUGAGUCCAUGUAUGUCCAUUUUAUGCUACUCAGUAUUUCUAGUCCUCUGUAUUUAACUUUGCACAUUAAGAGUUUGAGUGUAUAUGGAAGUCUGAUCAUCCAUCCAUCCAUUAAGUCAAAUCAGAUGUUAAUAUGAUUAAUCCCCCUCAAUUGUUAAACUGUUCCUUUACUGUGUAGAAGACUGUUACAUGCUGCAGUAAACACAGACUGAUUUCUAAGUAAUGAGUACAUAUUACAGUGGUUAGCAAAUAAUGGGCCAAAUUCAUACCCCCAGCCCCCUGAUCAAAGUUUUCACUCUCAUAGAUUACACCAAAACCUUUACAUGAUGAGUCUGAUUAGUCUAAAGGUCGUCUGGGAAAAAACAAGACAAUUGAGAUGUUAAUCAAUGAACAUUGAAUCUUAUAUAGCCCAUAGCUCAUACAGUAGACCUCCAACUUUACAAAACAAGAAUACAGGAACCUGUGAUCACACAGCUUAUGAUCUUUUAGGUUUGAAUUUAAAUAUUGUUUUCUUUAUUUUUCUUUAUAUUGGGAAACUGUUUUCAAACAGCUGACAGAUAGAAAAGAAGCCCAGUUAAUGUUUUAAUGCCAUUAAUGUGGAAGUUGGGAAAUGCAUUUAUUAAUAUGGUUUAGGAAGCAGCCGGUGAAUUUUGACAGUGUUGGCAUAGCUGGAGUUUUUAAAGUAAACUUAAAAAGGAAGCAGUGUCUCUAAACAACAUGAAGUAAAGGUAUAAAUGAUAAGCAUGACCUUGUGACACUUGAACCAGUACGCUGCAUAUACGCACACCUUUUGAAAAUAAAAUGAUUUUACUUAUUA